CAUGUGAAUGAGGAAGAUCUUGAAGGAAGACAGCAGAAAGAGAAGAUCAGAGAUCCCAAGGUUAACUCUUGGAGAAAUUUCACAAUAUCUCGUCCAAAAGAAAAGUCCAUGAUGGAAGCAGAGGUAAACUUGGAGAGGAAAGAAAGAUGCCACCCAAGCGCAUAGCUAAGAGAAGAUCACCCCCAGAAGAUGCCGCCCCCAAAAGCAAGAAAGUGAAGGUCUCUCAUAGAUCCCACAGCACAGAACCAGGCAUGGUGCUGACACUGGGCCAGGGGGACGUGGGCCAGCUGGGGCUGGGUGAGAAUGUGAUGGAGAGGAAGAAGCCAGCCCUGGUACCCAUUCCUGAGGAUAUUGUUCAGGCUGAGGCUGGGGGUAUGCACACCGUGUGUCUAAGCAAGACUGGUCAGGUCUACUCCUUCGGCUGCAAUGAUGAAGGUGCCCUGGGAAGGGACACAUCAUUGGAGGGCUCGGAGAUGGUCCCUGGGAAAGUGGACCUGCAAGAGAAGGUAGUACAGGUAUCAGCAGGAGACAGCCACACAGCAGCCCUCACUGAAGAUGGCCGGGUCUUCCUCUGGGGCUCCUUCCGGGACAAUAAUGGAGUGAUUGGGCUUUUGGAGCCCAUGAAGAAGAGCAUGGUACCUGUGCAAGUAGAGCUGGAUGUGCCUAUGGUGAAGGUAGCCUCAGGGAAUGACCACUUGGCGAUGCUGACGGCUGAUGGUGACCUCUACACCUUAGGAUGUGGCGAGCAGGGCCAGUUAGGCCGUGUGCCUGAAUUAUUCUCUAACCGUGGUGGCCGGCAGGGUCUUGAACGACUCCUUGUCCCCAAGUGUGUGAUGUUGAAAUCCAGGGGAAUGCGAGGCUAUGUGAAGUUUCAGGAUGUCUUCUGUGGUGCCUACUUCACCUUUGCUGUCUCCCAUGAGGGCCAUGUAUAUGGCUUUGGUCUCUCCAACUACCAUCAGCUUGGAACCUCAGGCACAGAAUCUUGCUUCGUACCUCAGAACCUGACAUCUUUCAAGAACUCCACCAAGUCUUGGGUGGGCUUCUCUGGUGGUCAGCAUCAUACAGUCUGCAUGGAUUCAGAAGGAAAAGCAUACAGCCUGGGCCGGGCUGAAUAUGGGCGGCUGGGCCUCGGGGAGGGUGCUGAGGAAAAGAGCAUACCCACCCUCAUCCCCAGGCUGCCUGUCGUCUCCUCAGUGGCUUGUGGGGCCUCUGUGGGAUAUGCUGUGACCAAGGAUGGUCGUGCUUUUGCCUGGGGCAUGGGCACCAACUAUCAACUGGGCACGGGGCAGGAUGAUGAUGUCUGGACCCCUGUGGAGAUGACAGGCAAACAGUUGGAGAAUCGAGUGGUCUUAUCUGUGUCCAGUGGAGGCCAGCACACAGUCUUAUUAGUUAAGGACAAGGAACGGAGUUGAUGAAGCCUCUGAGGACUUGGCUCCUGACCGCCUCUACCUCCCCUUGGAUCAGGGAAGCAAUGACAGCCUCAGAUUCCAGCAGCCCUCCCCUCAACCCUGAGCAUUCUGUCACUUCCUGUCAUUUUUCUCAUCAGCAGAACAGAAUCCCUUUCUUCUUUUUAUUUCUUCCUUUGGGGAAUCAUCCUGGGACCUACAGGAUGAAGGGCCUGAUGGAAGAGGGG